CAGGGGUGCUCCGCGCCCCUCGCCCUGCCCGCGGUGCGGUCGAAGAUGCGCCCCGGACGCCGGGUGGUCGCAGCGCGGCGGCGCUGACAUCGCUCACCAUGGACAGCUUCGACUUAGCUCUGCUCCAGGAGUGGGACCUGGACUCUCUGUGUGUCUAUGAGCCGGAUAGAAACGUGCUGCGCAGGAAAGAAUGGGAAAGGAGAAAUCAGGAGGCCCAGCAGGAGGAUGGCACAUUUAACACAAGUUACUCCCUCUUCAGUGAACCAUACAAGACCAACAAGGGGGAUGAGCUAUCAAAUCGCAUCCAGAAUACCCUGGGCAACUAUGAUGAAAUGAAAGACUUGUUAACUGACCGAUCAAACCAGAGCCAUCUUGUUGGGGUUCCCAAACCUGGGGUUCCUCAGGCAUCUCUCCCCAAGCCCGAUGAACAUCUUAUUGCAGACUCAAGACCACCACCUCUUCCCUCUAUUUCCAGCACUUCUUCUUCCACACCAGCAGCUCUACCCACGCAGCAGAGCAAAAGCACCACGAUGGGUUGGCAGAAGGCUGGGCACAAUGCCACUUCAGAGGGCCAGCAGAGAGCCAGCAAACAUGGCUCACUGAGGGCCACGCUAGGUGACAACACCAACAGAGUACCGCAGCCUGCAAAGCUAAGUUGUAACACAGAAGGAGGAGCUCAAACGCAAGAGAGGCCCUCAAAGCACAGCAGCGGGCACUGUGUCCAAAACUUCCCACCGUCUCUUGCUUCGAAGCCCAGUCUGGUUCAGCAGAAACCAACUGCUUAUGUAAGGCCAAUGGAUGGUCAAGAUCAGGCCCCUGAUGAGUCUCCAAAGCUGAAGUUACCGGCAGAGACAACCAAGUCGUACAGGGGAGUGCCUUCUAACAAGCCUGAUUCGGCCAGGACCAAGUCAAAGAUAGCAAAGUUCAGCAUUCCUAAGCAAGAAGAGGACAGUGGAACAGGAGAUAACAGCUGCAUUGAAGAAAUAUUGCGGGAGAUGACCCAUUCUUGGCCUCCACCAUUAUCAGCUAUUCACACACCAGGGAAGGCAGAACAAAGCAAGUUUUCCUUCCCAAACAAGGAGUCACAACAGGGAUCUACAGGACACAGCAAUACAAGAAAAAGUGAUGUAGAGCCAAAGAGUCCAGAGAAAAGUGCAACCCAUACAUCAAUGCUAGAAGAUGACCUCAAGCUAAGCAGCGACGAAGAAGAGAACGACCAGCAGGCAGCACAGAGAUCUGCUCUCCGCGUUCUGUCUGACAGCCUGGUGGUGCCGCAGUCCAGCACCCGAGCCCCGGGACUCUCCAGCAAGGGGUCGAGCAGCAGCAGCUCCAGUGAAUCCGAGACCAGCUCGGAGUCUGACUCAGAGAGCGAAAGCAGCUCCAGCGAGAGCGACGGCAGCAAGCCCUCGCAUUACUCCAGCCCAGAGCCCGAGCCACCCUCGUCCAACAAGUGGCAGCUGGACAAGUGGCUGAAUAAAGUCACCCCUCACAAAGCACCCAUCCUGACCCACCAUGACGGCCCGGCACUGGAGGCCCAUCCCUACUACGGCCACGUGAAGGCGGAGCGGCAGGAAGGUGAGAAGACCCCGGCCACCGGCCCAGCCGAGCACCGCAGCGGGGAGGGCCGCACCACCACCGUCACCACCACCGCCACCAUCGGGGACGGGCCACGGCCCAGGACCGCCAACAAAGCACCAGGCAGCAAGGGCGGCCGCCAGAAGUCGCCCCCUGCCGCCGACGGCGGGCCUCCAAGGAGGGCGGCGGGGAAGAAGGCACCGCGGCGGGCUGAGAGGACCUCAGCUGGGGACGGCUCCCACUGCCGUGGGGCAGAGCCCACUGGGAGCCACAGCUUUCUGGAGAGCACCGCUGGCGAGGCACCAAGAGCCCGGCCUGUUGGCGGUGGCGGCAGUGGAGGCUGCCGAGCAGGGCACCGCCGGGAGCCCCGCUCGGCCACAGCUGGCGAGAAGCGUCGGGCACGGGGGCCGAGCAAAACGGCACCCAAAUCCAAGGAGUUCAUCGAGACUGAGUCCUCCUCAUCAUCAUCUUCCUCUGACUCGGGCUCCGAGUCAGAGCGGGAGGAACGCCCGCUGCCCAAGGCGCCGGCGGCAGCCGGGGCCGAGCCGCGCGCCAAGGACGCGGGGACCGGUGCCGCUAGCAAACCCCACGGCGGCUGCAGUGCCUUUGGCUCCAUUAAUGCCAGGACUAGUAGUGAAAUAGCAAAGGAGCUGGAGGAACAGUUUUACACCCUGGUUCCUUUCGGUAGGAAUGAUCUCCUGUCUCCUCUGAAAGACAGUGAUGAGGUAAAGUCACUGUGGGUCAACAUUGACUUGGCUCUUUUGUCCAGGAUUCCAGAGCGUUUGCCCGAAGAGCCGCUGGCAAUGAGCGCCGGAGCAAACCAGGCGGCCAGCCUCCCGCAGGGUAGUAGUGCUGACCCCCCCGCAGAGAAGGGUUUACCGAAAUCUAGAAAGAAACGCAAGUGUGAGAAUGAAGAAGAAUACAGAGACAUCAAGAAGACUCAUUUAGAGCGAGAGAGUUCUUCACGAUUAGCUGCCUCUGCCCAUAACAUCACAACAGCAAAUCACUGCAAUAUGAAUGAAAAUAGCUUGGCAAUACCAAUAAAUAAAAAUGAGAAAAUGCUUCGGUCACCUGUCUCUCCCCUCUCUGAUGCAUCAAAACACAAAUACUCCAACGAUGAUUUAACUUCCUCCAGCAGACCUAAUGGCAGCAGUCUAUUACCUUCCAUCUCCUCCAGCAAAAAACAUAAGGGUGAAAUCCAGUCUCAGCCACAUCCCGGAGACUUCAAUAAAGCAACUCACAUCAAUUCAGAAAACGUUCUCUGCAAUAAGCCACAGUCCCAAACAGAGCCUUGGUCACCUCUGUCUGGCGCACCCAGGGACUGCAGAAGGACAAAGCUUAUCUUUGAUGAUAUGCCACGCAAUGCAGAUUACUUUAUGCAGGAAGCUAAACGGAAGAAGCAUAAAGCAGAUGCAAUGGUGGAAAAGUUUGGAAAGGCACUGAAUUAUGCAGAAGCAGCAUUAUCGUUUAUUGAGUGUGGAAAUGCAAUGGAACAAGGCCCAAUGGAAUCUAAAUCCCCCUAUACAAUGUAUUCAGAAACAGUUGAACUCAUCAGGUACGCAGUGAGACUAAAAACCCACUCAGGCCCCAACGCCACGCCAGAAGACAAACAGCUGGCAGCAUUAUGUUACCGCUGCCUGGCCCUUCUGUACUGGAGGAUGUUCCGACUCAAGAGAGACCAUGCUGUCAAGUAUUCGAAAGCGCUUAUCGAGUAUUUUAAGAAUUCAUCAAAAGCUGCCCAGAACCCAUCUCCUUGGGGUACCAGUGGAAAGAGCACAGGAACUCCAUCACCCAUGUCCCCUAGCCCUUCUCCAGUGAGCUCUGUAGGAUCCCAGGGGAGCACAGGGGCCCCUUCCCCAUCUCCUAUAAUCAGCAUCCCGCAGCGCAUUCAUCAGAUGGCUGCCAACCAUGUCAGCAUCACCAACAGCAUCCUGCACAGCUAUGACUACUGGGAGAUGGCUGACAACCUGGCCAAGGAAAAUAGAGAUUUUUUUAAUGACUUGGAUGCAUUGAUGGGACCUAUCACCUUGCACAGCAGUAUGGAGCAUUUAGUUCAGUACACUCAACAAGGACUUCACUGGGUGCGGAAUAGCGCUCACUUGUCAUAA